UGAAACUGUGGCGCCGGCUGUGGGAAGAUGGCUGCUCGGCCGCGGAGGCCUCUCUCUGGAAUUGCAAAGCAGCCACGGGGUGACUUCUGUGAUAGGGCUAAGAAGGCGAUUGAUGAACCUUUUUUUACGACUUCCAUGGAGUGGGACACGCAGGUGGUGAAAGGGUCUUCGCCGGUCGGCCCCGCAGGGCUGGGGCUGGAGGAGCGGCCGUCCCGCCCGCGGCUGCCGCGAUGGCUGCAGCCCGAGCGGUGCGCCGUGUUCCAGUGCGCGCAGUGCCACGCCGUGCUCGCUGACUCUGUGCACCUCGCCUGGGACCUGUCGCGGUCCCUCGGGGCCGUGGUCUUCUCCAGAGUCACAAAUAAUGUAGUUUUGGAGGCUCCGUUCCUAGUUGGCAUUGAAGGCUCGCUCAAAGGCAGCACUUACAACCUUUUAUUCUGUAGUUCCUGUGAGAUACCCAUUGGUUUCCACCUAUAUUCUACCCAUGCUGCCCUGGCUGCCUUGAGAGGCCACUUCUGCCUUUCCAGUGACAAAAUGGUGUGCUACCUCUUAAAAACAAAAGCCAUCAUAAAUGCAUCUGAGAUGGAUAUCCACAUCGUCCCUCUAGCAGAAAAGGUUGCAGAGCUGAAAGAGAAGAUAAUGUUAACACAUACCCGCUUAAAUUCACUCAUGAAAAUUCUGAAGGAAGUGCCUCCUGACCAGUCCAAGCUAACAAACUAAUUCAGAAUCAGAGGUUGAGUAUCAGAGGCAGGCCUUAUUGCUGUCUUCAACAGGUGCUGUUUGAUCACUUCUCAAGAAACAUCAAGAAUGGAUAGGAAAUGUGGUUUAUUAUGUUUACCUCUAGACUGAUUUUCCAAGUGAUUUGUGAAGCUGUUUCUAGAAGAUGAGAAAUAGGAGACUUCUGUCCAGGUUUCAUAGCUAUUUGUCUUAAUUUAUUUUGGCUUCUUAUCAAUUUCAUAAUAUUUAUUUUUGAAAACAUUCUGAUUGCAAAUUUAAGAAUUAAGAGCCAAUGUCCCAUGAAUGCUCUGAUCUAAAGAUGCAUGACUGGCCUGAAAAUAGAGUUGUAGUUAUAUGUUAAUUAACUAUUAUUCCUACAUGGAGCAAUUGUCAUAUGAAUACUGAGAAAUCAUUUUUCUGUUACAUGAAAUACAAGUACAUACAUAUUUCUGUAGGUAAUGUUCAACAAGUUAACUCCAUAAUAUAUAUUUAUCUUGACCUUUUCAGUUUACAACUGAAAAGGAAUAGUAAUAACAGGAGAGUAAUGAAAGGAAUGAUAAAAACACCAAAUAUUCACCAAAUGCUAUUUUCUCAUUAUUUUGCUUUAUGUAGCACUGUGAUUCAGUAGCUUAUCAUGUUAUUCAUUUAGUAGCUAUAAAAUAUUACGCUAGCUGCUAGAAAUAAGCAAAAACCACUAUUCUGUAUCUUCGGAGCUUAUAAUCUAGUUAGAGAUGGACAUUCAAAUAACCACAUGAAGGCAUUUAAAAUUACAACUGUAGUAAGGGUUUUGAGGAAAAGGAACUUAGAGAAAUAAACACAUAUAGCAGGUAACUGACCUGGUUUGGGGGUCAGGGAAGGUCUUUCUGUUGAAGUGUUUCAGCAGUGGUCUGAAAGAUUAGUAGGAGUUAAUAAGCUUAUAGAGGGAACGGCUUAUAUGAAGGCCCUGUGAGGCCCUUAAAAAGACAUGUAGGAGUUGUAAUAGUGUCCAGAAGCCAGAGGCUGCAAAGCCUUAUUGGCCUCCUGAAGGAUAUUUGUUUUUAUCUCAACAACAAUGAAAAGCUCUUGGAAGAAUUUUAAAGGAGGAAGCCUAUGACAGGAUCAAAUUUUCUUUUUCAGUAUCUCAUUAUGGUUGUCCUGUGAAGAACCUAGAGGGAGGCAAGCAGACCUAGAGGGGCUGGUGCUAGUACAGUCAAGAGAUGAUACAGCCAAGGGGUGGUGUGCAGACAGGGUAACAUGGUUCAGACAUGGCAAGUAGAUUUAAUAGCAAGUUCUUUCCCUUUUUGACUACAUAAAGGGUAUUUUCCUUUAAAAAUAUUUGAGAGGGAAAAUCCCAACUUGCUUUAUGCUUUAUAGUUUGCAAAAUUUGGUUAAGUAAGGAGGAAGCCUCUGGCAACAAACAGUACCAGAAAAGCUCUAUUCCUGAAGAAUGAGACCCAGUAAUAGUCUCUAUUGAAUCAUCCUGGGGUUUGUACUGUGUAUGGGUAUGUCUGCCUCAACAUAUUUAAUCUAAAUUAAGCUCGUCUUAUGUAGCUGUUUUCCUUAACUUUGGAUUUGCUGUUUUGGUAAACUUUCAGUGGAAAAUUAAAUGCUUGAACUUGACAUCUAA